GGACAGGCAGUUCAGUAGGUAUAAAUAUGAAGAAGCGCAAUCUCACAGAUGAACCUCAAUCUGCUUAUAUCUGCUGUACAAGACGUUUCCUCUGAAAGAAAAAAUCAUGACGUGAGUUUACAACUCCACUGCAGGAAUGUUUAUUUUCCUGUUCUUCACAGGUUCUCUGGAGCUGUUUUCCUCUUUGGGUUAAUGAUCUGUCUAGCGGCGGGACAUGUGGUGGACAGGACAGAAGAACAUAUUGCAGUCUAAAUACUGAAGCACCAACAUGCUUUGUGAAAACAAAACAUUUAAAGACAAUCGGAUAGAGAAGUGUGUUUCAUUCUCUUGCUCCCUGAGGACCAAGCGUAUGGUUGGAGGUCUCCUCACCCCAGGCUAUGUUCCCUGGCAGGCUUUGGUGUACCUUAGUGACAGCAAGCUGGAUGGAGGUAUCGGUGGAGGAGCUCUGAUUGCCCCUCAGUGGAUUCUGACCGCUGGCAGGAAUCUAUUUGUGAGGAAGACACAAAACAGUACUAGAGGAAAAGAGCCCUUGAUCCCAAAGGUCUAUCUGGGUGUCGUCCAGCGUUCCAGAGCUGAUGCCGCUGCGGAGGUGGCAGUGGAGAAGGUGUUUCUUCAUCCAGCUUUCCAGAAUGCCUCAGACGUAGACAACGACCUGGCACUGAUCAAGCUGAAAGAGCCGGUGAGCUACAACGACAUGAUUUUCCCCAUCCCUCUGCCCGAGAAAGGGGACAACCUGGAGGAGAGCGAGGAACAGAAAGGCGUCAUUGCUGGUUGGGGCUGGGGACCACUUUUCACGUUCUCUGAUCGCCUAAAGUUUCUGGUCCUUCCAAUUCUCCCAAGUAAUGCAGACCACGAUAAGAUUACAACGACCCGCACCAAGUUUCAGGAGAAUGUUUGUUAUGGAGAUGCAGGUGGAGCUCUGGCCCUCCUUAACCCUGAUACCAAAAAGGUCUACGCUGCAGGAAUCCUUUCCUAUGAUGAGCCGUGUACUAGAGAUGAGGAAGCUGUCUUUAUCAAGGUCUCAGCAUAUCUGCCAUGGAUCCACAGCGUGAUGAGCGGUGACUCGGAGAGGUUCUCAUCUCUCCGUAACUCCACCAUGAAUAAUCUGCUUUCAAAGUUUUUAUAGACUCUGUACAGUUGUGUAAAAUUAACUAAUUGUUUGUUAAUAAAAAAAUAUAUAUUCAAGAGA